AUGGACCUCCGCGGCCGCCUGGACCGGAGCGGCGACCUGCAGACGUCGCUGCGGAGCAGCGUCGGCGGGCGGAGCAGCAUCUCCGAGCUCGACACGCGGGACCUGCAGGACUUCCUCGCCGACGACUACGUCGAGACCUACGAGGGCCCGCGGACGCCCGCGCGGCCGCCGCGGGCGCGCGGCGGCGGCGACGGCGCGGCCGCGGCCGCGCGAAGCGGGCCGCCGCCGGCGGUCGUCGCGCUCGCGCCGCGCGGCGGCGUCGCGACGAGCGCGCGCGCGCGGCUCCGCGCGGACGACGGCCGCCGCCUCGUCAACGGCUACGAGCUCCUCGGCGAGCUGGGCCGCGGCGCCUUCGGCACCGUCGAGCUCUGCGAGCGCCGCGGCGACUUGUACGCGGUGAAGAUCCUGCGGAAGUCGCUCCUGCGCAAGGCGCGGACGGGCCGGGGCCGGGGCGCGAACGCGCUGGCGGACGCGCGGCGGGAGAUCGCCAUCAUGAAGAAGCUCGACCACGCGAACCUCGUCGGCCUCGUCGAGGCCGUCGACGACGAGAAAGCGGGGAAGCUCUACCUCGUGCUCGACUACGUCGACUGCGGCCCCGUCCUCGAGCGCCGGAAGAGCGGCGACCCGCCCUACGUCGCCAUCGACGCCGUCGCCGCGCGCGCGGCGUGCCGCGACGUGCUCCGCGGGCUCGAGUACCUCCACGCGUCGGGCGCCUGUGUGGAUUCCAACCGCCGGUCGGGCGUCGUGCACCUCGACGUCAAGCCCGAGAACGUGUUGUUGACCUCCGGCGGCGUCGCCAAGCUCUGCGACUUUGGCGUGUCGCGGCUCGCGCGGGGCGGCGCCGGCGACGCCGCCGUCUUCGCGUCGACGCCGGCCUUCUCCGCGCCCGAGCUCUGCGGCUACGGCGCCGGGAGCGCCGCCGCGCCCGCCGUCGACGCCUGGGCGCUGGGGGCGACGGUCCACGCCAUGGUCUCGGGGGCGCCGCCCGUGCCGCGGGGCACGCCCGCGGCGACGGUCGCGCGCCUCGGCGCCGGCGAACGCGUCGUCCGACCGACGGGCGACGGCCGCCUCGACGCGCUACUCGCGCGGCUUUUGGACGUCGACGCGACGACGCGCGCGACGAUCCCCGAGGCCAUGGCGAGCCCCUGGCUGGACCCGCCCAUGACACCCGUGGCCUACGUCGGCGCCGCCGUGCGGCCCGAGGACCUCGAGGCGGCGCUCACGGCCCGGUCCGCGCGGCCGGCCGCGGGCCGGCUCCGCGCGGCCGUCGGCGGCCUCGCGCGGCGCGCGCUGGGCCGCGGCGCGGCGCUCCCGGAGACGCCGACGCGGCGCGACCGCGCCCUCGACGCGCUGCGCUGCUCGCUCUCGGGCGGCCGCGCGGGCUCGGACGACGACGGCUUCGACGGCGCGGAGGCGCUGUCGGACUCCGGCCUCGACGCGACCUUCGACGCGCUCUGCGGCGUCGGCGACGGCGACGAGAGCGACGACGACGGGGGCCCCUGGCCGGCGAUCUUUGGGGGCGAGCGGCUCGGGCCGUGCUUCGUCGCCGUCGCCGCGUCCGCGGGCGAAAGACGCGCCGCCACGGAGGACGCGUGGGCCGCCGUCGUCCGCGGCGACGGCGCCGCGGUCCUCUGCGUCUUCGACGGCCACGGCGGCGCCCAGGCGGCGGCGUGGCUCGCGGAGCGCUUCCCGGCGUACGUCGACGCCGCGGCGACGCCGGACGACGUGUCGCGCGCGUUCGCCGCCGCGGACGCGGACCUGCUGCGCCACCUCGACGACGUCGACUCGUCCGCGGGCGCGACGGCCGUCGUGGCCGUCGUCUCGGAGCGCGCCGUCGUCGUGGCGAACGUCGGCGACUCGCACGCGGCGCUCGCGCCGGCGCGCGGCCCCGCGGCGACGCUGUCCGCGGCCCACGGCCUCGGGGGCGACCCGGGCGAGUUCGAGCGCGUCAAGGCGUCCGGCGCGCACUGGGCCAACGGCGGCCGCGUCAACGGCGUGCUCCGCGUGUCGCGCGCCUUCGGCGACCGCGACUUCAAGGGCGCGCGCGCGCGCGCCGCCUGGCGCGCGAACUACGCGGCGGACCCGAUCAUCGCCGCGCCCGCCGUCGUCGCCCGCGACCGGCGCGCGGACGACGCGGUCCUCGCGCUCGCGACGGACGGCGUCGGCGACGCGUUCCCGGACCCCGCGGGGCCCGCGGCCUUCGCGCGCGCGCGGCUCCGGGCCCACGGCGACGUCGACCGCGCCGCGCGGGAGACCCUCGCCGAGGCCCGCGCGCGCGGCGCCACCGACGACGCGACGCUCGUCCUCGUCGACCUCGCGCCGCGGCCGAGCGACGCGAGGGCGCCGGAUGCCACGCCGCCGCCGCCGAGCGGCGAUGCCGCGCCGCCGCCGCCGCCGAGCGACGCGGUCGGGGCUGCCUUCCACGCGAUGGACGCCGCUAAAGUCGAGCAAGCCAUGGAGGAAACCGGCCUCCAGCUCCAGGUCAAGUGCCACGAGUCCUGGGACAAGUUCUGCGACGUCGUCGAAGCCAAGGGCACGUACGGCCCGAAAGCGGCGGAGUUCCUGCGGCGCAUCGUCGUCGACGCGCCCGUCGUCCUCGGCUUCGCGUUCGUCUGCUGCGCCGUCUUUUUCGUCAACGUGGUCGCGCCGGGCACGAACGUCUUCGUCGCGUGCCCGCCGUUCCGCAUGGCGAGCCCGCUGAACCCGCUGACCUACCUGCGGCUGCUGACGCACACCGUCGGCCACACCGGCUACGACCACCUCAAGGGCAACAUGGUGAACCUGCUCCUCGUCGGGCCGGCGUCGGAGAAGGAGUUCGGCUCCAUGAACCUGCUCAAAAUCUUCCUCUACGUCGCCGUGAGCUCGGCCGUCGCGCACAUGGCCCUCGGCCCCGCGAACGGCUACCAGCUCGGCGCGUCGGGCGUCGUCUUCGCGUUGAUCCUGCUCAACAGUUUACUCUCCGCCCACAGCGGCGUCGUGCCGCUGACCUUCCUCCUCACCGCGGGCCUCUGGGUCUCCGACGAGGUCUUCCGCUUCUUCUUCGCGCGGGACCAGGUCUCGCACGUGGCCCACCUCUCGGGCGCGGUCGUCGGCACGCUCGCGGGCUACGCCAUCCACGCGGACCGCGCCAAGCUGCGGGCCGCCCAGAAGCCGCCGUCGGCCGUGCACGUCGCCGGCCGCUGGAAGGGCGGCCGCGCGCCGCCGUGGAGCGCCUUCGGGUACCACGCCGGCACGUCGUCGCGCGCGAAGCCCGUGCAGUGGCCCGGCCGGCCCGAGGCGUCGGGCUGGCGCACGUCGGCGAUGGGCCGCCAGUCGGGCUCCUCGCCGGGGUCCUCGAGCCGCGUGCGCACCGCGCCGCCCGUGAGCUUCGAUUCCGCGGCGCAGCCGACGGCGAUGAAGGGCUGGCCCAUGAAGCUCAGCCCCAGAAACACGACGGCCGCGGCGACGGCCGCCGGGUCGCUCACGUCGGGCAUGGCGCAGCGGCCCGCGGCCUCGCUCAGCAGCGUCCAGUGCCAGCGCCAGAUCGGCGGCCGCUUCUCGCAGGCCGGGGCGACGUGGUAG